AUGAAUGCUGAGAAUAAACGCGAAUGGCGAUGCUUGGAAUGCAAAAGUAAGAAACCAAAAUCAGAUAACACUAACACGCCAGUGCGACCGUCCGCCCACUAUGAACCAACUGCUCCUUGUGAUGAAACCUACACUGAAUGCUGCUCGGGCAGCAACAUAACACUGCGGAAAAAGCCAAAUUACUUAUCUAAUAGUGAGCUAAAGGAGCUUUUUAAAGCUGAGAGGGCUGAGACAAGGGCUAUUGUUGAGGCUUCUUCUAAGGAAUUAUCCGAACAACUUAAAGGCAUGAAUGUACAAUUUACUAGUUUUCAAGAGUCUAUGACCUACAUAAACUGCCAAUACGAAGACCUGAAAAAGGAAAUUACUGACUUGAAAAAGCUGCUCAAUUCUACUUCUCUAGAAUUGAGGUCCCUGAAAGAGGAGAACAAUAUGCUUAAAGAAAGCCUUACUACUUGCUCUGCCCGAGUCAAAGAAUUAGAGGUGGAGAACCGAAAACAGCAACAAUGGCAGAGAUUGCAAAACCUUGAACUCGUUAACAUACCUGAAGACAAGGAUGAGGAGUUACUGAACAUUGUGCUGAAAACGGCGAAUCACGUCGGUGCUGACAUCCAACCCACAGACAUAGAAUUCGCUCACAGAGUACAGCCGAGGCGUAACGCAAGCGCUCAUAAAGCACGCUCAGUAAUCGUCAGAUUCAGACAGCGCUCUAUUAAGGACCGAGUGAUCGCUGCAGCACGUAAACAUCGCAACAUGACCACCAGAGAUAUCGGGAUGGGAGGUGAAGAGACCAGAAUCUAUAUCAAUGAACAUCUCAUUAAAGAAAAUAAAAUGUUGUUGGGUUCUUGUAGGCAAAAAGCAAGAGAGACAGGGUACAAGCACGCACCAGAUCAGAAUGGCAUUGUAGUGGCCUGGAGUCUGUGUGGGUAA